AUGCCAUCAUCAACAUCUCGGCAACAUGCCUCCCCUAUCCCGCAUAUCCACGCUCUCUGCAUGGAUGACGAAUACAGCACCGCCCUCCAGGCUGCCGUCGCAUCUCACAACCUCUCCUCCGUUUCAAUCACGUACCACAACUGCGCCCUCGCCUUUGUAGAGGCCGAGUUCGAUCUCAUCGUGUCCCCUGCGAACUCAUACGGCCGACUGGACGGAGGCUUCGACGACGCCAUCUCACGCUCAUUCUCUCCUCGCGGCGACUAUUUCGCCCUCACAAGAGCCGCCCAGGCCAAGCUGUAUGAUGAGUGGCGCGGCUUCGCUCCUCCGGGGACUUGCACGCUGCUCCGUAUCCCCGACGACUUCCACGCCCGCUCACAAAAUACCUGGCACACCAAAUAUCUGGCGCUGUGCCCGACAAUGCGCGUCCCGCAGAACGUCAACUGGGACCACGAGGUCAUCUACGAGUGCACGUGGAGUUUGCUCUGCGCGGUAGACAAACACAACCGAGCAAUUCGUGAGGGCAGGCAAAUUGGGCAGCAUGACGAGAUCCGCAGCCUGCUCAUGGUUCCCAUGGCUACGGGCGUGGGCGCUGUGAGUCCCGAGCGAUGGGCAAAUCAGACGGCCCUGGCGCUGAAGCACUAUCUUGAUGCGAUGGAACACGGGUCCAAAUGGAGCUCGCUGGAACCAGACGAUAUUAUCGAGUAUGCGCACGAGGUUGAGCAGACGUGGGAACUGUAG